GCCUGCCACCGACACCGACACCGACAGCCUGAGCGAUGGCCGCUCCUCUCCUCCGCCACCACCUUCUGCCCCUCGGCGGCCUCGUCGCUGGCCUCGUCGUUCUCCCUAAGCGCAGCGCAUACGCAGAGGAAGCCGGGUCCGACGCCGUGAGAGAGAUUCGCCUGAAGAAAUCCAUCUACGACUACGACGAGCCUUCUCCCCGCGAGAUUGCCCAAACAACGCCUCCCCCGGCCUCGGGCAUCACAUACAAACCACAAAACGACUCUCCCCAAGAGCAGCAGACCGUGAUUAGACGGCCCACGCCCACUGACAAACUCGCCGCCCAAAUUCGCAACGGUCGCCUUGCUCUCCACUCCUAUGCGACCCGCACCGAAGAUGCCAUCAACAACGGUAUGACGCGCUUCAUGUCUGCAGAACACAACUUCACCAACACAAUCGCCUCUCUGGCCCCUCCCAAAGAGAGCAAUGAGAAGCUCUUGCCUGGAGGCAUAUACGUUCUCGUGGCUGCCAUGGCGGGUACCAUAGUUUCACGGAAUCGGAAUGUGCUUUUUCGCUUUGUGACGCCCAUAUUGACCGGCGUGGUGGCCGCACACUAUGUGGUGCCGAGGACGACGGAAAAUGUAGGGAACCUGAUCUGGCAGUAUGAGAAAAAAUUUCCCGUGAUUGCGGAUAACCACAUUCGGGCAAAGGAGGGCGUGAGGCAUUUCAUUGAGACCGGAAAAGCGCAUAGCCAGAUGGGGCUGGCCAUGGCUGAGGAGAAGGUGCACGGCGUGAGGGAGAGCGUGCAGGAUUGGGUGAAAAAGGGGCGGUGAAGUGGUAAAAAGGAGGUAUUAGCAUCCGGAGACAUUGAGACUACGCGAGGCUGACACAGCACUGAGUCGAGGUGUGCAAAGGGUAGAUACGGCGGGCUGUAUAGAUACGCCGAUAUUCCAUUCAAGUUCAUGAAGACUACUAAAUCGAGUGCUUG